AUGGAAUCCGGCGGAAGCGGGAGGAUCACAUGGGUGGCGGUGGACGGUGAACUCGGCCGAUCACCGUCCUGGUCUUCUUCUUCGCCACCCCUGUGCCUGUGCAGGAUAUGUCACGAGGAGGAGGAAGAGAGCACCGCGGGCAUGGAAGCUCCCUGCGCCUGCUCGGGAACCCUUAAGGUGGACAGCCUCUCCUCUCAUCUGGUUUCUCCAAAGUUUUCUCCGGCCGCUCGGAGAUUUAACACCCAUGACUUUCGUCUGAAUCGCUGCGAUUCCUCCCUUCCAGUUUGCGCACAGGGGAUGCAUCCAGAGGUGGUGCGACGAGAAGGGAAGCACAGUCUGCGAGAUAUGCCUGCAGGUACGCACAGAAAACCCGCCGCCAUAAUUCCUGUAAUUUCUGGGGUUAAUAUGCUCGGCGACUUCUUUCCCCUGUAAUUCCUUCGUUUGCUCUUCCGAUUUCGUCGCACUAUCUUCAUGUUCUGGUCUGAACCGCGAUUUCUGAGGACUUAAGGAAUUCGAGCAGAUUAAUCACGGGAUUAGAACGAACCCAUGGUUCUUUUUCUCUGGGACUUCCGACGGUUUUCUCGUCUGUUCAUGCCAGCUCCUCUGAAUCGACCAGCCAACUACCAGUGAUCCCUUCAUUGGCUGCCAAAGCGGGCAUCCAAACGUCCGGUAGAACGCCGACGUGGGCCUGCUGUCUAAUCAAUCCUUCAGUCUUCGACCCGAGAAUCGAUCGACUCGGGUCCACCGCCUUCGUCCUCGACCUCCCUCUGAGAACGACGCUGGUUUUCGACGAUUCAGUAACUCGGAGCAUCCUCGUUUUGAUUGCGAUUCAAGCUCCUCACCGACCUGCCUCUGAUUCGGAGACUAAUGAAAACUCUCGCAGAAAUUCGAACCCGGCUACUCUGUUCCCCUAAGGAAGGCGCUGGUCGAGGUGGGGGUGACGAUAAGGUGCCCCUGUCUUCCUCAUCUUCUUCUUCUUCUUCGGUUGAUCUGUCUGAUGGUUUGACGAGAAUAUAAUACUGCUACAGGGGAAGUUUGGAGGUCCCCAGACAAAACUAUGCGCCACCGUACGAAAGGGAAGCCGCUACGGAGGGCGGCGGGGAGGUGGCAGAGUACGCCGAAUGCUCGCCGGCGUCGGAGAGGGGCGCCUCCGCCUGCCGGUACGUCGCCGUGACGGUGGGUUUUCUCAUGCCUUUCCCAAUCAUCCGCGUCCAACUACCGGACCGUCCGGUCUCGUCGCUGACUCGAUGGAGGCGGCUUCUUUCUGCUGCAGCUCACGGUGAUACUUCUGGCCAGACAUCUCGUCUCCGUGAUCAUGGAAGAGCCCGACCACUACGCCUUCACUCUGUUCACUGUAAGCUCUCCGGGUUUCUCGGAGAAUUGCUUCAAAGUAGACACCUUUGCUUCUCUGCUAACGUCCCCUCCCUCGCGCCUUCUGCCCAAGCAGGUGUUCGUCCUGAGGGCGAGCGGGAUUCUACUGCCGUUCUACGUCAUCAUGAGCGCCAUCAAGGGUAUCCAGUACUCCCAGCGGCACCAGCUGCUCCUGCGGCAGCUCCAUGUCUGUAGCCCGCCCUCUCUCUAUCUCUCUGCAAUUCCUCCUUUUUCCUUCGGGAUCGCCAACUUCUUAAUCCCACCGCUACGGUUCUUGCAGGAGGGGAACGGGGGUCCACUUCAGCGAGGACCACGCGAAGAUGAGCUCCUUCAGCACCACAUUAUACAGAUCCAUUCCUGA